AUGAAAAGAAACGCAGAGAGAGCCACUCAGCAGAGCCCCAGUCCUGACGACGAAGCCUUGCUUUUGAGGCAGAAGCACAAAUUGCUACAAGUCCGAGAGAAAGGAGACCUGCCCCUCCAGAGAAGACAGGAACUCCAGCUACGGAAGAACCAGCUGCUCCAGCACUUGGCCGAGGAGCUAAAGAUAGAGUGGCAGGAGGCCCCAGACCAGCAAGUCCGAGGCCUGGAGAGGCUGUAUGUAGCACAUCUGUUGGAUGUGGUGGGCAGAUGGGCCGAGGACCUUGAACCUGACUCAGAGGGCUCGACCCAACGAGGAGCAGCCAGGUUGCCCAGGACGAAGGGGAAGCACAGAGUGGCCACACGGGAAGAGAAGGGACACAGGGAAGAGCUGGUCCGACGGCAGCCCAGGUGCACCACGUCCUGGAAGAGAGCAGUGGACUGUGAGAGGCAGGGAGCCUCCAGAACCACGGGCCUGAGCCCCCCAGAGGGGAGUAAAGGAAAACGAGUGCCUUCAGUGAAGACUGAUGGGGGCUGUUGUCCCAGGACGGACAUGGGAAAGCUCUUGGCUGCUGCAGGGGAGAUCAAACGCCUGGAGGAAAGGGAGAGAGAAACAGCCCGGGACAGCAGCAGGCAGCUAGGGAAGGGGACCGCUCGUCUUCAAGGCCCGAAAAACAGCUGUCUGGAUCAGAGUCCCGAGGGCAAAGCUGAGAACCUGGAACAGCUGUGGCCAGCUGGCUUGACCUGCAGGAGGGGGGCCUCACCGCCGGCGAAGCUCCAUGACAAGAGCAGGUGGCAGAAAGAGCUGGAGUUUGCCUUUGAAGAGUUGUUUGAUACCAACAGGAAGCUGAAAAAACACCUGAACUCGCACCCGGAUCUCAAGCCCGGGAUGGAUCCGAGCCCCAGUGAAGAACAGGGCUUCAAGGAGACACAAGCGUGAAGAGAAAGCCAGAGAGAGAAAACCACAAGAGACACAGAAAUGGACGUGGUGCCCGCCGGGGAGCCCAUGAGUCCAGUGGGGGUGGAUGCCCACCUCACGCCGUCCAGAACCAGCUUAAAAAAGUUACUAAGCCAGCUCGAGAACGAAAAAUACCAUAGGAUGGCCAAGUUAUUGGUUAAGAAGGACAGUAAACUGUGGUCUCCCGAGGCAGGGACGUCUAUCAAUGAGGAGAACCUGCUCUCGUGCAGCCCCGAAUCCGGAGAGGAGCCGCCCCGGCCGGCUGCGCUGGCGCAGGGCUCCCUUCAGCUUCACCUGCAAGAACAGGCAGACAGAGUGGGCUUGAUGGCAUCGAGGCAGAAGCAGAAGAUGCAGGUGGAGCAGGGAAGACCAAAGCAGCUGGACUUGCUCGAACAAAUCGAACAGCCCAAAGUGAGCUUGGAGGCCGACCUCCAGACGGAGCUGGAAGAGGGGAGGAAGGAACGGAGGGAAGCUCACCUGGCUCAUUGGAAGCCUGACUCCCCUCCAGACCAAGAGAAGGAAGGACAGUAUGACCGCAGCCCCACUUCCCCCUCGGCCAGCAUUGUCGACGAUGACAGGCACAGUCAGAUGAUUCGUGACCUUCAACAGCAAAUUCUAGAGCAAAACAAGUUGCACAAGCAGUUUCUUGAAGAAGCCAGGAAACGCUUGCGAGCGUUUCAGAGAAUAUGUUAA